AUGCAGUCCUUAAACUUCAGCUUUGUAAGCAACGCAACAAUCAGAGGCAUUACUUCUAUCAACAGCAAAAACGUUCACAUUCAAAUAUUUGCAUCCAACAACAUCAAUCUCCAUUCUAUUAAGCUCAUGGCUCCUGAAAAUAGCCCCAACACCGACGGAAUUCAUGUGGGAGAAUCGAAAAACAUUAGUAUAAGCCAAUCCAUCAUCAGCACUGGCGACGACUGCAUAUCGAUCGGGCCGGGGACGGCGAACCUAUCGAUAUCAGGGGUGCGGUGUGGGCCCGGCCAUGGCAUAAGCAUUGGAAGCCUUGGAGGAGGCAAAGAUGAAGGUGAUGUUGUUGGAAUUAGCGUUAGAAAUUGCACUUUUAGUGAUACAGAGAAUGGUGUUAGAAUUAAGACUUGGCAGGAGUCUCCUACUUUCUCUUCAGCAUAUGAUCUUGUGUUUGAGGAAUUGGUGAUGAACAAUGUGGAUAAUCCAAUUGUUAUUGAUCAGAAAUAUUGCCCGCAUAAUCUCUGCGGUAGUAAGGCUCCAUCUCUGGUUAAGAUCAGUAAUGUGAAGUUCAGAAACAUAACAGGAGAAACAAGAACAAAGAAUGCUAUAAAUCUGGUUUGCAGCGAUAGAUUGCCAUGUGAAGAUAUAGAGCUGAGCAACAUAGAUUUGAAGUACAGUGUUGCUGGAGAUUUUGCUGUUGCUUCUUGUGUUAAUGUGAAGGGCCGCUCAUUUGGCCUUAUGAUCCCUCCAUCUUGCAUUUAGA